AUGGCGGGUAAGAGGCCGCCCGGCGAGCGGGACGCCCCCUCCCCGUCCAGCCCCGCCGCAGUCCGCUCCCCGCCUCCCUCCAGCCGGCUCGCUUUGGCGGCCUCGGGGGCAGCCCGCUCCUCCAAGGGCAGCUACCCGCCCACGCUGACCAUGGUCACCGAGGCCGUCGGGGCGCUGAACGAGCGGAAGGGCUCCUCCACCGCCGCCAUCAAGCGCUACAUCCGCCACAACUACCCCGGCGUCGACCCCGUCCGCCUCAAGUACUACCUGCGCAAGGCGCUGCUGAAGGGGCUGGAGAAGGGCUACCUGGUGCGGCCCCUCCACUCCUCCGCCCAGGGCGCCACCGGCAGGUUCAAGUUGGCAGCCCAAAAGCCCAAGAAGGAAAAGGCGAAGAGGGCCCAGCCUGCCCAGGGGGAAGGCCCACCCCCAAAACCGGAGAAGAAGAAGGCGGCGGUGGCAGCGGCUGAGGGCAAGGCAAGGGCCGAGAAGCCCAAAGGUGCCAAGGGCAAGGAGAAGGCCCCCAGCAAGAAGGCCAAGGCUGAAUCCGAGCCGACUAGUCCAGGGCCGAGCGCGUCCGUCUCCCUGCAGGUCCUGGGGGCAGAGCCCGUGAAGCGGAAGCCGAAGGAGAAAGCGGCAGCCGAAGGAAAGGCUCCCAAGAAGCCCAGGCCCCCCAAGACCCCCCAAGCCAAACUGGCAAAGGGCCCCUCCAAGGCGCCCCCCAAGACGGUCACCAAGGGCAAAGCUCGCCCCAAGGCAGGAGCGGAAGGGGAGGCCGAGCCCCCCGUGGGCGAGCGAGUCAAGGCAGCCAAGGGCAGCCAAGCCAAGAGCCAGUCCGGGGCCCCCAAGGCCAGAGCCCCCAAGGCCGGGGGCCCCAAGGCCGGGAAGAAGGCGGUGGCCAAAGGCAAGAAGGAAGCCGAGGGGGCAGCGGCUCCAGAGAACCCCUGA